GCUGCAAGCAACUACGGCGCAGUUGUGUUGUUGCGCGUUGCGCUAUGCGCUAGUUGCGUUUUCGGAUAUCGCGUUUUCGCAUGUUUCCGCGUCUCCAGGCGCUAUACGUGGGCGCGAGAUGGGAAAGUAAGCAGUGUUUAAUAAUUCAGCAAAAAGAUUUCCUGCGCUGUGCUCAUGUCGUACCUGCGUUUGAUCUACAACACCGCGAGGUAAAUGUUUAAGCAAGUGCCGGGACACUGCCAUGUCAACUCGUUCAUGGUCUGACUUGUUAGGUGAAAGUCCCCUUCGGAAGUAUGGCCGCUGACACGAGAGAUAGCAGUCAUGUAAGCAAACCGCCUUUGCUUGCUACAAGUCAAGUGCCCAUUAUCAACAAGCCGCCUGAAGCUGGCAGGAUAGAAAAUGCCAGAGAAGACGAAGAUGGAAGCCCUCAUGAGGCAUAUCUCUGGGAGAGCGCCAAAGUUCACGGUGGAGCUAGCAGAGUUGAAAAGGACAAGGCUCCACACAGCCAGUCACACUCUUCACGGCCCGCUGAAAGAGACCACAUAGGUUGGGAAUGGAAAUCCUUGAAAGAGUUGUCUGCGCUGGACUGUGAGCAGCUUCAAAAACUUCGUUCCAAGCUGGCUCAGCUUAUCAAACAGCGCUCCAUGGAUCUGGCGCCUUUGCUCGAGGAGCACCACAACCUCCAAGAGGAAGUUGACGCACGUAAUGUGGUCAUACAACAGCUUCUGAAAAUCACAUGCCAGCAAAUGGAGCUGCCACGGAGGCCCAUCCAAAUGUCUGUUAUAUUCCCGGAAAGCAAGUCCGACGAAGACGAGUCUGACGCUGCCUUGUACAAUUGAUCUCGCUGGGACACGCGCCAUGUAGUGCUUUUAAAGUCCCCUUUGGGCACGCACUUUUCUUGCGCACGGUAUUGUUCUGCCGCCUUUUUGUGUCUCAGAAUGCCCUAAAGUCAUUUUUUUAUUGCCACUGUUGAGCCAGCUGCACGGGUAUUUGCAAAGUAUAUUCCAAUAAAGUGCCAUGCACACUUUUUGCACACGUGCAUCUGUUCCAGUUGCAGCAGUUUACUCUCUACAGUUGGCAUCAAAAGUUUACGUAUCAUGGGAUCUAAGAAAAUGCUGAAUAUUUCUGCUGCCUGGUCAUGCCGCUUGGUGUUUGGAUUUCAAGUCUACACUGAUACACAAGGGUGACAUAGCGUUGUACACUACUGGCUGCAAGCACAAGCUGCUAGAAAAUUCAGUGUUUUCUCUCGGCUCUCACAGUUUUUAAAUGUUUGAUGCCGGCUGUGGACAUUCAUUGCUGUGUGUGUUCAUUUACACUAAUAAAGGUGCCUGCUUGCACUUUCCAGCAUUUGGAGGCAUUAACUGUGCCAGGAAAAGAUACUCACUGUUUCUGGUGGCGUGCAGGGCAUGCAGCCAAAGAAAACCAAGCUUCAGCUGUUUUCGCAGGGACAGCCCAGCUUGCCAUUAUAAUUUUGUAUAAUGUGCAGCAAACAAGCUCAGCUUGACUGUCGGGGUGUUCUGUUGCUUUUAUGUAGCUUGUCAGUAAACUGCCUUGCUGAAUCAACCACCAGAUGAAGCAAGAAUGCUGCAAAUAUGGAAUGUGAAAGAAUAAAUGUUUUUGCUUCUCUUG